GCAGGUGGAUGUCUGAUCGAACUGGCUCAGGAGCUGCUGGUCAUCAUGGUGGGAAAACAGCUGAUCAACAACGUCCAGGAGUUCAUCUGCCCGAAGUUGAAGUCGUGGUGGCAGAAGAGGAAGGCGGGUCGUCGGCAGAAGGAGGUGAAGAAGGAGGGAGAGGAGGAGGCUCAGAGGGAAGUGAAAGAGGAGGAGGAGGAAGCGUGUCCCUGGGAGGAAGACUACCAGCUGCUGGUCUGUGAGGGACUCUUCAGUGAAUACCUGGAGAUGGUGAUCCAGUUCGGUUUCAUCACCAUCUUCGUGGCGGCGUGCCCCCUGGCGCCGCUCUUCGCUCUCAUCAAUAACUGGGUGGAGAUUCGUUUGGACGCUCAGAAGUUCGUGACGGAGUAUCGGCGUCCGGUCGGCGAGCGCGCUCAGGACAUCGGCAUCUGGUUUCCCAUCAUGCAGUUCAUCACACACAUGGCCGUCCUCGGCAAUGCAUUUCUCAUCGCGUUCACUUCGUCCUUCGUACCUCGACUGUACUAUCGCUACACCAGAGACAGCACGCUGAGCGGCUUCAUCAACUUCACUCUGGCAACAUCACCACGCAACUACAGCCAGCAACACACACCCUGCAGGUAUCGGGGUUUUCGGGAUGAAGACGGCGAAUACCUCCCAGAGUACUUCCACCUCCUUGCCAUCCGGCUGACGUUCGUCAUUGUGUUUGAGCACGUGGUCUUCUCCAUCGGCCGCCUGAUCGACCUGAUGGUGCCCGACAUCCCUGAGGAGGUGGAGAUCAAGAUGAAGAGGGAGCACUACAUGGCCAAGGAGGCGCUGGCUGAGAACCAGUCGCUGGGGAAAACCAUGAUUCCUGGAGAGAAGGACGUCCAGUCCAGCGACUUGCGGCAGCGUGUAUCCAGACUACCGGAGAGCGACUCCCCUCCACCAAACCUGAAGGAGAUCCCAGAGGAGCCCGACCCCCCAAACAGCUGCUAAAAACACAUCUGAACUCUGCUGGGUGUGCUCCUCUGCCUGAACGUCCAGCUCCUCCAGACGGAGUUUCUCCUCUCCAUCAAACUCUCUGACAGAUCUACAAGACCAUGGUGAGACCUCCACAAGAUCAACAAGAACCAGGUCCUGACAGGUCCUACAGAAACACUUCUGGAUGUCUGGAGGUUCUACCACAUCUUUGUUACGGUGCACAAAAUCUGUCAGCCUUCUGUUUGACCAGAGGAACAUGGACAAGGGUUGAGUUGAACCACCACACAUCAUAAAAGAGCUCCACAAGAGGUCUUUCAGACCUUCAAGCACCCCGCCAGAUCUCCACAAGGGGGACGUCUCUAUGAGAGCCCUGAAAGUUAACAAGAGCUGUGCAAGAAAUCUGCAAGACUUCCAUAUGAGCUUUCCAAGAACUGGUCUAGGUCCACAAGAACAAAAGACCUUCACAAGAGUCCAUAAACCUUUCAGAGGGACCAUAUGAGGCCUGCAGAGCCUCAGAGAGCUCGAAACACCUUUCAAAUUUGGCACAAAUGUCCACUUAGACUCGACGAUGAACUGAUUAGAUUUUGGUGAUAAUCCGUUAAA